AUGUCCACCGCUCCGACAUCAUCGCCGCUCGUCAAGCCCUCGCGCAUUUCGCAGCUCCCCGCCGAGCUCCUCCUCAUGAUCCUCGGCCAGCUCGACUACUUUGACCUCAAGCGCGUGCGCCGCGUGUGCAAGGCCUUCGAUACGCUCGUCAAGGACCCCAAAUUCGACCGCGUCCUCUUCCGUCAAGGCGUCAAGCCGCUCAAGCCCGGGCAGAAGGUCGCCCUGCACCCUAUCCUUGACCUUGUCGACUGCAUGUGGGUCACGGCGACCACGGCGACGCUGAUGGACCUCGCCAACCUCAACGUCUACGAGGUUCCCGCGUGCGACGAGUUCGCCACCGCGCCCGCCUGCGCCGCGCUCGUGCUCAACAUGUUCGACACCUGGUAUGGACGAGGCGAACAGCUCGUGACGAGCGACGUCGGCCUCACGGUGCGCGACAUCCUGCACGAGCUGGCGGAGUACUGGGAAACCGGGCCAGGGGCGCACUCGCUCGUCAUGGAGCAAGGCGGGCACGCCUUCGCGGGUUGGCGGCACCCCAUAGUGCUCAAGGACGGCACGGUGUGCCUCCAAGCGUGCCCAUUCGACCACUGAGAAGCCCUUCUCUCCUUGCGCACCCCUCGUCGUUCCCGCGCUCCCUCUCGUCGC